UUUCCCUCAACUACUCUUUUAUCUCAGAGCAGAGAUCUGGUGAACAGCUAUAAUCCAAACCCAAUUUCUUUCGGUGUCUCGGUCGUUAUAUAAUACGGCAUGGCGACGCUGCCACUGAAGGCUGUGACGCUGACCCACGUGCGGUACCAGAGGGGGGAUCCGCUGGGGCACUUCCUAGCGUGGGUCUCGCUAGUGCCGGUCUUCAUCAGCCUCGGCGGCUUCGUCUCGCACUUCUUCUUCCGGCGCGAGCUUCAGGGCAUGUUCUUCGCUCUGGGCCUCAUAAUCUCGCAGUUCAUCAACGAGUUUGUCAAGACAUCGGUCCAGCAGGCUCGCCCCGAGACCUGCGCUCUGCUCGAGACGUGCGACUCGCACGGCUGGCCCUCCAGCCACUCCCAGUACAUGUGCUUCUUCGCUGUGUAUUUUACGCUGUUGACGUGUAAAGGGAUUAGGUUCUGGGACACGACGAACAAGUGGGUUGUGAAUUUUUGGCCUUGGUCUCUUGCAAUUUUCACUAUGUAUUCUAGGGUGUAUUUGGGGUACCAUACUGUUGCCCAGGUCUUCGCUGGGGCUAUUCUGGGGGUCUUUCUUGGGGCCCUGUGGUUCUGGUUUGUGAAUUCUGUGCUUUCCGCUUACUUUCCGGCCAUCGAGGACAGCGCUUUUGGGAGGAUGUUCUAUGUUAAGGAUACGUCUCAUAUUCCCAAUGUGUUGAAGUUCGAGUACGACAAUGCCAGAGCUGCGAGGAAAAACAUGGCUUCCAAGAGCAAUUAAACCAUGAAAUUCAUCUGGGGGGUUUCAUGGCAAGAUAGGGCAUCCGAAAAGAUACUUUCAUGGAUGAAGAGUAGGAUGGAUGCGGUGAAGGAGCACAAUUUGGAUUUUUGUGUCAGUUUCAGGUGGUUAAGGAAUCACGUCUGAUAAUGAGCAUGAUUUAAGGAUGUUGAAGUGGAUGUCAGAAGCAGGAUUAGUGCAAAUAUAAUUAAUAUGCCUCUAACUAGUUACAAUUAAUGCUGAUUGAGGAUUGAUGAGAGGAUUCCAUAAAUUGUUUUGGUGUGAUACUCCCAGAGGAAUUGUUUUCUUCGAGUUAAAAGUGCUAUAGUGAUGAGAGGAGAAACGGGUAUUGAGGAUAUAAAUAGUGCUUUAGUUUGUUUAACUGACUUGAUGUGGUUAGGGUAAUAUUUUGUCUAUUUUAGUUGAUUUGAAGAUUACUUCUUGCCUUCAAAUGUCUGGUG